AUGUCUCGAUUAACCGAAGACAGUAUUGGUGAUAUCAAUUUCGCUUCUACCCAAAUGCAAGGAAGAUUGGAGGAAUUUGAUGAAGUAAGUAAAGAAGAAGAGAAUAUGAAGAAAAGGAUUGAACGCUUGAGGAAGUUUAAGAAUAUGGAUACAAUCCCAAAUCACACGCGUGGUCUUCAGAAUGGAAAUUUAGAAAGUAAAAACAAAGAUACGUCUAUCACUAAACCUAAACGAAGACCUAAAAAAGAUAAAAAUCGAAUUAAAAGUUUGACUUCGUUAAUGGAAGAGACGUAUAAUAAAGGGAAAUCGUUUCAGGAGCUUAAUCAGAAGCUGGGGCAAAAAGAUGUUCAGCUAUCAAUAUUUCAAUAUUUUUCAGGCCACAAGGAAAAGAUUGGAGAUAUUUUGAAGAGAAUAGAAAGUAUCGAAAAGAGGAAAUUAGAACUGUCUGAUCUUCCUGAAACAGAACAUGAAUCAAGAAUAUUGUACACCAAGAAAGAAUGGACUGACAUUAUUAAAAGAAUCAGGUUACGAUUUCCAGAAUUGUCAUCCAGGACCAAGAAGAGUCUUAAAUAUAUCACCCAUAAAAUUCAAAUCCAAAACCAAUCGCAGUUAAUAUCAGAGUAUCCAAAAAAUAAUAGUAGCAUAUGGUCGCAAGCAUCUGCACCUCCAGAUACGGAGUUUUCGGAUGAAGACUUGAAAUGGUUGUAUGAUUUGACUUCUGAACAAAUAAUUAAUGAGAGUACGAUAUUGCAAAAUGAUUUAGAAGAGUCAGAUAACGAAAGCCCCUUUGUAAUGACAUUAUCGCAAGUAAUGAAUACCACAAAAUCUGAGGAUACUCAUGACAGUGAAUUUGAUGUAGUUCUGGAUUCGUCGCCUGAGCCCAGUCCUAUACGGGUAAGCUUAAGCCGUAGUGGUGAGCAAUCUGAUAAAGCUCUCCAUCUAACGGAUCAAAAGAUUCAGGUCAAAAAUUCGAUCUAUGAUCCCGAGUUUAAUGGCAACGAAUUUUUCUCUCAUCAAAAGGACUCAGUAGAAACCGCUGUGUCAAUUGAUAGCUUUCCAUUUGUUCAACCGCGGCAGAGAGAAUCGAUAACAGGAGAUCUAGUUGAAGUAUCAGAAGAUAAUUUUCAAAUAUCCCAAACUGCACGUAGACAGCCUCAAGCAAUACAUGGCACGCAAGAAACACCGAUCGAAAUAUCCUCCAGUUCAAUAAAUAGAGGUAAAACAAAGUUAAUAACUGAAGGGGACCCUAUGUCUCAUAAUGAAGAGGAAGAGGUCAUAAUAUCGUCCCCUAUGAAAGAUUCAGAAUUAUUUAAGACUCCGACAAAGAGAGCUCCUGGGAGUAAAAAUAUAAUGUCAUCUCCAUUUCGACUGCAUUGUAAUAGCUCACCGCUUCUGAUACGAUCUAAUAGUGUUACACCCAGAUAUGAGAGAAUUGUUUCUGAGGAAUCAUCUGCUUAUUCUACUGCCAAAUCUAAAUUCAAGCUCUCUUCAGCACAGCCAAUUCCUUCUCAAUAUCAAUUUGAAGAUAGCGAAGAAGAAGCUAUAUUUUCUUCUAUGCCAACACGUCAGGCCCAUAACAAACGCAAAUUAUAUCACACAUCUCGAUUGUCAUUUGGUGGAGGUUUAAAUGUUAAAUUAAUGAAUGAAAAUAACAAAGUUAAGAUCAAGACAAUUGAAACCAAACGUCAGCCUGUUGAUUCGGAGAAUGAAAUAUGUGAUUCUGAAGAUGAAGGAAAGCAUGACAACAGUUUAAGCGUGAUUGAAAUUACAAGAGAAGUUGAGGAUACGGAUGAUUUGGUAAAUCUAGGACGCAAUCCCAGAAAUGAAAAUGAUACUUCAGUUUUGCAAGUACCGUCAAGUCCACAGAUUGAUAAUUCUAAUGUUCUAGGACUGUUGCAUACGUCACAAGCUGCUGAUUCCGCAUUUGAUUCUGAGAAAAUACACGAAGACCAUAUUCAUUCCAACGCUUUAGAACCAACUCAAGAUGAAUUUAAUAAUAUGUCGACAAAAGACUUGAAGGCGAAAUUUCAGGAAUGGGGAUUAAAGCCAGUCAAAGGCAAAGAAAAAAUGAUCCAGAUUCUCUCUGAGACAAAUAAAUUAGUCAGUCAGAGCCAAUUAAAUGACGAUCAGGACAAACCGAUGACUGCAUCGCAGCAUACAAUUAAAGCAAACAUUUAUAACAGAAUUAGCUUCCAUUUGAAACAAAAUCAAUACUGGCUUGAUAAAAUAUUGAGUUUUGAACCAAUUAAUUUAUGUAUGUUGCAAGAAUGGUUAGCAUCAGGUCCAGUAUGUGUCAAGUUAGAAAAAGACGUAUUGGAAAAAUAUUGCGAUGAAUUAGGAAUUACAUAUACGGACAUGAAAUGA